AUUCGGUACUCGCGAAUUUCGAUAGAGAGCAGCAGAGAUUCAUGCUCAGCGGAUAUUGGUCGAGACUGUGACGUAUCAGAGAUGCUCAUCUCUGAUAUUUAAAAUCUGAUUUUGUGCGUCCGCCAUCUUGAAAAAUGGUCACCGGAGUAGCAGAAGAGCUCGAGUGAUGCGUACGGAAAGUUUUUAGGUUAGGAAGAGUGCAUUUAACGACAUUAUGUCAAUGUUUAUUGUUCGUCUCGGCGAGAGAUCCUCUCAGCCGUUACUUGGAAGGAUUUUGAAAUUCUCCACAACGCGAGCGUCAUCUUCGACAAUUUCUGAGAAGCCAGAAGAGGAAUUUCGGGUACUGGAACUUAUACCAAAGAAGAUAGAAAUUAAAAAAGAAGUUAUAAAGAAAUUUCCUGUACCACCUCCAAGAAUCAAUCAAAUGCAGGUGGACCAAGACUGGCCGUCGGUAUGGCCAGGGCCGCGAACCUUUCAUCCAGGUGUUGUUCCACUUCCUGUACGCCAAGGAUAUCCCAAAAAGAGAGAAGGACCACCUUCAAAAUGGGCAAAUACGGAACUCAUGAAAAUCCCUAAUUUCUUGCAUCUUACGCCACCUGCAAUCAAGAGGCACUGUGAAGCUUUGAAGCAGUUCUGUACGUCAUGGCCUGAAGGCUUAGAGACAGAUGAGAAAUGUGAACAGCAUUUUCCACUAGAGAUUAUUGCCACUGAUUACUGCUACUCAGGCCCAACGAUACGAGAGCCUAGAGCUCGCAUUGUAACAUUUAGGACGAAGCUCUCCUCCCUAGAUCUCAACACACAUGCAAAAGAUAAAUUGUUAAGAUUAGUUAAAGACAGGUACAAUCCAGAAACAGACUGGAUAACAAUCACUGCUGACAGGUGUCCAACGCGCAAACAGAAUUGGGAAUACUUAGAAUACCUUUUAACUGCUUUGUACUGCGAGUCAUGGAAAGUCGAGGACUGGGAGGCCGAAAAGGCAGAGGCAGACAUGGAGUACUACGACUGGGAUGCAAGCAAAAGUCGACAGACUUUAGUAACAAUACGCGCUUGGCCCAAUGUUCCAACAGACUCGGACUACGACAGCAUUCCGCACGCUGUGGAGUAUAAAGUUGCACUCUCAGACUUGAUCAACAAUGGCGAGGACGAGCACUCGAUUAACAAAUACAAGGAGGCUGUGAAAAAUUUACUUAACUUAAACCCGCCGAAAGAGAAAUUUUGAAAAAUCAACGAUACGGUGUAGCAGCUCCAAGUCAUCUCAUUUUGUACAGUAUAGACACAAUUAAUAAAAUUCUUAUUAUACGUAA